GUUGUAACAGGCUUAGAGAGACGUGCUCAGCCAGAGCUUGUUCAGCCAGGUGAUCGCGAGUGGGUUACCGUUAUCCAGAGCAUCUGCGCUGCUAGGUAUGCAACCCCACCUUUUAUCAUCUACAAAGGACGCGUCCACAUCUCUGCCUAUGUAGCUGCAUACCCUACUAGCAUUGUGCUAAGAGAAAAUGGCUGGUUUAGUGAUAUGGCUGGCUCGGUGAUAAUCUACGUUAGAAGUGAGCAUAGUAGUGGAGGUAGUAGUAGUCAUGCUCUACUUAUUAUUGACAGCCAUAAGAGCCACUGCUUAGUGGCUUUCCAAGAUCUCUGCAGAGAGAAGAAGAUAAUCACUCUCUGUAUGCCCCUGCACUUGUCGCACCUGUUGCAGCCACUUAACGUCGCCUGCUUCUCGCCACUAAAGCGCCUGUAUAGCGACAAGAUUUCGGCCUUAGCACGCAGUCACAUCCACUAUAUUAAUAAGGAAACCUUCCUGCCAGCCUUUAAAUUAGUGUUUAGUAAGGCGUUUACUAGAGAGAAUUUUCGCGCAGGCUUUAGAGGUGCUAGGCUAGUCCUACACAACCUAGAGGUGGUGUUAUUAAAGCUUAAUGUGCGCCUGCGCACGCUAACGCCACUAAAACCUAGCAACGUUGCCUAG